GUCGUUUCUAAAAUAAUUUGUUUUAAAUUUUGUGGCACUCACAAGCCCAUUUUGAGUGUUACUAACCGUCUUACAUAAUGAAACAAUAAGGAGAGUAACAAAAAAUUGACUCAUAGAUGAGUUUUUGGUUAAGUUUAUUUAUAUAAUACAUAAAUGUGACAAGCCCGCCCCGUGUUAAAGUGACGUAAGAAAUAAUCGAAAAAGUAGCGUGCAGUUGUGUUGUGCAAACAAGUUACAAAUCAAUAUAAAAACACGUGCACCAGUUCCAUGGGCGCCCCUAUCCAGGGAAAAGGCAAUAAACGUGUUAACGCAAACGGUAAAUUCAUCCCAAUGAUGCGGCCCCGCGGCCCCUUUCCUCCACCCCGUGGCCCCAUGGGCAUGCGGCCCAUGAUGGGGCCCCCGCAUAUGCGCCCACCUCCACCUCGUGGCCUUCGCCCACCACCGCCCCGCCUCCCCAGAGGGCCCAUAAUGCCGCCUCGGAUGAUGGGCCCCGGCCCACGACCCCUGCCACCGCCCGGCAUGCGGCCUCCGCCGCCACACAUGAUGGGCCCCAUGCGCGGGAUGGGUUUCAGACGCGGGAUGCCGCGCAAGCCCCCCAUGGGGGCCUUCAAGGGGGUGCAAAGGGGCCGAGUGUUGAAGCGGCGACGUCCCAUGAUCAAAGACAUUGACUUGACGAAAGAGUGGGUGACGGACGCGAUUAGACAAGAGUUUAAGAAGAAGGAGGAGCUGUUGGCGGCUGCGAAGAGUGCGGAGAGCAAGGAGGCCUGGGCCACGUACAGGACGCAGAGGGAGAAGUGCAGUCAAAUGUACCAUGUGGCGGAGAUGGAGUUCGUUGGGCUGCAGGAGACGACCGAACAAGACUGGGACGACUUCGAAUACGAAGAAAAUCCAGAGUCUGAAGUGUUUUUUUGCGAUGUUUGCGAAGAGGAUUUUUAUACGCGAGAGCAUUACGAGAAUCACAUGUCGCAGCACCGAAUAUGCGGUGUGGAUGGGUGCCAGUACACAGCGCCUCAAAAAAUGAUCGAAAAACAUAUCCAAAUGCAACAUUUGACUGGCCUUUAUGAAAAAAUUCGAAGUGUUAAUACGCCCGAAGAAAUCGCGAAAUGGAUCGAAGAACGAAAAGUUCGAUACCCGAGCAGGGAAAAUGUCCAAAAGAGGUACGAAAGACGGGAGGAGAUGUUGAAAAGGGGGGAGAAAAUUGGGGAGAGGAAAAAUCGAUUCGGGAAGGAUAAGACAAGACUGUCACGAGUCAGGCACAAAAAACAACAGCGGAAAAAUGUGCCGAAAGUUGUCAAAAAUCCCGAACAAGCGAAGCAAUCUUUAAUUGAUGAAAAAUGUGACUGGAAUGGGACAAUGUUUCCGUUUCGAGGCACCAAGGAAUUAUAUAACGAAGAGGAUGAGAAGGAAACGAGUGAUUACGAUGAUGAGGAAUGGAUGGAUGGUUCGGGAAAAGUCACUGUUGAAUUAAAUAAUGCAUUGGGAGCACUAAUGGGUGCGUAUGAGUCGGACCAAGAAGAAGAAACGCCUCAGACUGUCGAUAAUGACGCUCCAACUGAAGAAAAAAUACAAAGAGAACAAGUAGAAUAUCCAAAUGAACAAGCGAGUGAUACUAAAGUCGUCAAAACAAACAAGCGGAGAAGAUUAUCUAGUGGUAAGAAACAAAAACUAAAUAACAAACCUGAACCGGGUGGCUUUUCGCGAAUGAAAUUCGUUAAACGUAAGGUAACUCUGUUGGAAAAGUUGUUAGAUAGUGAAAUAAGGCACGAGCGCAAUGUCUUACUACAAUGUGUACAGCAUGUCGUCACUAAUAAUUUCUUCAGAUAAAACUGUGAUCAUUUUUACGCAAUAUAUUUUUGUAAAGUA